GCAUCCAAAUCAAUUUGGAAUUUAUUAUUCUAACUAGGGUCGGUGUCCGCGCUUCGCACGGAUUACAUGUUUAAUAAAAGUCCAGUUCAAUUAAAAUUGGGAGUUUUGAAGUUUCUGAAAGGGUAAGUUAUGUUUUGUUUAUUUUAUAAUGCGAAGACGUUGGAAGCAGUGAUCAUUUUUUUUUAAAAAAAACAACAGUAAGUUUGAAUAAUAAAUUGUUUUGAGGAAUUCAAUAUUCGUAAGAGAAAAUAGUAUUUGAGUGUACCUAUUUAAUUGACGUAGAAAGCGGUAACGUAAAUUUUUUAAAAGUUGGCUGGUGUCGUUUGCUAUGAGGCUUAGGAUAACAGUUUAUUCCUCUUUUGAAAGCGUUGUAUGAUACCAAUAUCGUUGUCAAAGUAGAAGCGCGAUCCAGGUGUGGUUGUGAGUGAUAGUUUUCCUGAAAAAGUCAAAUAUUUGUAAGCAUUUAUUUUGACAUAAACUUUAUGUUUAGUUUAUUACCUUCAUGUAACCGUGGAAUGAUACUUGGUUUUUCCUGGUAUAUAUGUGAUUUAACUCCCUGAAAUUAGACGCUUCCUUGUCCCAUAAAGUUAGACGUACCAAUUUUGAUCUACAAAUAAUUAUUGUAUUAUAUUUUGUUUAGUUGUAAACCAAUUGUUAUUUAAUAAAAAGUUAGUACAUGUCUAAACACAAUCCAAUGAUGAUUUUUGAAUCUGUGUAGUGGUUAUAUAAAUCACUUCCUUGGAUGAGGCAUAUGCGGCCAACAACAUCUGUAGGAAUAAUUUGGUUUUAGGGACAAAAAUUUAGUAUUUAUUUGUAUGUGAGAGAGUUAUUGUUUUUUUUUACCUGGGAGGAAAUUGGUUGCAUUUGCUAAGCUGAUCAACGGGUGGUAGCGUUGGGGCCGAAAUAUGUAUGAAGGGAUCGGUAGAAUGUUUUCUUGAAUCAGUGUAAUAAUUGUUGUCUCAUUGAUAUUAAUUAUGUAUGGUUGAACGGUAAGCAUGUACUGUUGGUUAUUGGGAAGAAGAUUAAAAUAUCUAAUGUGAUAAAUUUUUCCUUCCUCGAAGCAUUGGUAGAUUAUGUCAGACGUAGAAAUAGACACCCUCCCUUCCAUUAUUUGUUCAUGUUUAGUGGUUAAAAGCCAUCAUUUGAAAUGUAGUUGGAAUAAUUAAAAGUAAGUAUUUUUAAGACAAACCUGGAUGUCAAGACAAAUGAAAGUUGUUCUUAGGAAAACAUUUUUAUUUUUGUGAUUUGUGAUGGGCCACAUCCUAAAGAUCCUAACGAUUAUUGGAUGCAGUCCGAAGGUGUCGCCCCAAUUGUUUUGAUCUUUUGAUGCAUGUUCUGCACAUAUAAGAAUGAGAAUUAUUUGUAUUGCCCAUCUUUUAUUAAUUUCAUAUUUUUUUGAAGUGAACAUAGUUAUGGUUUGUUUGUUUUUUUUUUAAAUUAUUGACAUGGUUAUUUAAAAAUUAAAGUAGGCCGGCCCAUAAUUAUUUGAAUGAGGUCGAAGCAUGAGUAAUUGGAACUGGUAGUUAUAAAUUUGUUGGGUGGGUUUGAUAGUAGAAUUUAGGUUUUUUUAGAAAUUUAUAGUGACUGUGUGUGAAAUAAGGGGGGUGUUAUCUUGGGCGGACAAUUUUAAGAUGAAAGAAAACUUAGCCAGUUCACACAUUGUUAAAGAAAACAAUAGAAAUAAUAAAUUGUUUGAAAAAAUAGAAAAUUCAAAGGAAAAUAGUUUGACUGUUGAAAUAAGUAAUUGUCCGAAGAAAAUAGUUUUACGAAGACGGCGAUUUGGGUUAAUGAGCUGGGCUGCGAAAUUUUUCGUUACCUGGUCCACCAGCAAAUUGUAGACAAACCGAGAUUUUUGUAAGCGAUAACGAAUCCCAAAUCUUUUAUUGCAAUUUUAAUUCGAAGCCCAGUCAGCUAGUGACAUGGCAGUUUGAUAGGUGGAGAUUAUUUUGCCUAUGUGGCACCUUUAGAAAAGCUAGGAUUUAGCUCCUUUUAUAUAGUAGGAUAAUUAUCAAGAAUAGGUCUAAAUAUCAGACACAACAGAACUAUGCCUUCUUCCUCACAUAUCCAACAACAUUUUGGACUUCGCAAUCAUUAAAGAUAUGUAGCACAAAUUACAAAGAUAUGUUGUAUAUUGACUGAGAUGAAUACUAAAACAACAAGAAAAAGAAUAAUAAAAAGAGAAAAAAUGUUAAUAGAAAAAAAAUCUCUUUAGCAUCAAAUCUAAAAAAAAAUGGAGAAGAAAGCUAUGAUAACAAUAUUUCCAAAAUUUUAGUAUUUUCAUAAUUAAAUUGGCAGAAAAUACAUUCAACAAUUGGUAGAAUAGAUAAGGUAUCAUGGUAGAAUGUCCAUUCCUAAAUUGGUUGAAUAAUGAAAAAUCAGUAGAAAACUUGUUUAAACAAACCCUAGAUCAAUCUUUGGUGGUAGAAAUAAUUCAAAAGUUAAAACACAAUUUCCUUUCCACACUAAAAGUAGAAUGUACAUUCUGAAAUUCAUACAACAAGUUAUUUAAUAUUUCCAAAAUUAACAGUAACAAAAAUUUCAGCCAAUCAUAUAAACUUUUUCUAUGUUUAUAUUUUUCCUAUUUAACAAAAAUUAAAAAUAUAUAGUUAGAAAAAUUCCAUAUUUAAUAAAAGUUAAUUGCAAAGAAAAUAUAUAACUUUAAUGGAAAUACUUUUGGGACAAUAUGUGAAUCUUUUGUCCUUGUUUACCGAAUCCUCCUCCAUGGAGAAAUAGUUUAUGAGACAAAUAUACUACCUGCUGCUUGAAGUUUCACAUAAAUACACUACUCAAAUUAAAGAACACAAUGUUGUAAACAAAGUUUUCGUGAUCUUGACUAACGGAGAUGUGGCUGAGCUUUAGAAAAAAAAAUGGAAAAAGCUUUGAAAUUUUUAAUUUUUUUUUAAAAAAUUUUAUAGUGACGAAUAUUUUGGUGAUAAAGAUUUAGAAAGUGAUGAUUCAGAUUUUAAUAUGAAUUUCAUUAGUUAGGUUAAAGUAUUUUAGUUUUUAUUUUAUAUGAUAAUAUAAUUACCCACAUUUUAUUUGACUUUAUUCGGUCAAUUUGAUUUUAAUGAUUAGAUUUGAUUAAAAUAUAUUAACAGUGAGAUAUCUAUGUUUAUUUUAUAUUUAUUUGUCUACAAUUUAUUAUCAAAAUUGUGAAAACUUUUUAGAUUUUGAUGUUUGAAUCAAAUUUUAAAACAGCCCAAAAUGCUUUUGAAUCAAAACGGAUUAGACCCAAAUAUCUAUUAGAUUUGAAGGCUUUGGGCCGAGCGAGGUCAACCCGAUGAAAUAUCGUCUUCUUCUAUCUACAACUAUUGAUGAGUUUUUCAGGGUUUUUGGUAAUGUUAAUAGUUAGGAAUAUAAUUAUAUCAUUUUUAUUUUUAUUAAAUAUAAAAAUUAUAUAAGAUAUUAUUUAAUUUAGUUUUUAAUUCUUUUAAUCGGUUUUGGUAUGAACUUUUAAUAAAAUUUCUCUAAUUCGUUUGAUUAACUGUGUGAUAUAUACUUAUUUGAUAAAAAAGAUCGUUAUAAAACUUCUUUGAUAUCAAUUUAUUGACUCUAAUAUUUUAUUUGUUUAAUAUGAAAUUAUUAAGUUAAUGAAUUAUUUUAUAUAUUUUUUCAUAAAUAAAAAUUCCAUUCAUUUAAACUUAGUAAAACAUUCACAUUAGAUUCUUAUUCUUUGAUUAUUUUUAUUCUUAAAAGUAUAUAAUUUAUAAUUAUAUACGCAAGAUUAUGUUUGGUUUAAGUUGACAUCACAUAAGUUUUAAGCAAAUAAAUUUUUAAAGUUAAUAAAUUGACAGAAAAUAAGUUUCAUUAUUAAACAAUUAUCAAAGAAGUAUAUACCACACAAUUAAUCAAAAGAAUUACAAUUUUUUUAUUAAAAGUUCAUAACAUAAAGAUUAAUAUAAUUAAAAAAAAAAACAAAACAGAUUAAUAAAUAUAAAAAUAAUACAAUUAUAUUGUCUUAAAAUACACUAAAAUAAAAAUGUUAAAACACAAAAAUACAAAUUUUAAAACAUUGCUUAUUAAAAGUUCAUAACAAAAAAGAUUAAUAAAAAUAAAUAUAAUACAAUUAUAAAGUUUCUAAAUACACUAAAAUAAAAAAUGUUAAAACACUACUUAUAAAAAUAUAUUUAAAAUAUUGAUUUUGUAAAUUAGAUUUUGUUAAAAAAUAUUCUUACGCUUUUAAAAUGUGGGUCAAAAUCUAAUUGUAAUUAAAUUAUAGUCGGGUCGAUUAUAUUUUAUUGUUGAAACAAGAUAUUUAAACGAUCUCUAACAUCCGCAUCAGUUUUUGGAUGAAUGAAAUUAAACUCGGGAUGUUAACUACAUAACAUCAUAAAGUUGAGGGAUGUUGUCAUGCAUAACAUAUACUUCGUGUGGCAAGAUAUACAUUAGUUUAGUUUGCAUGGUUAACCAUGUGAUGGCCAAUACUUCAUGUAGCCAGCAGUCAUUUUUUUAUAAUAGUACCAUGAAAGUAGUAAACAUGAAACUAUCCCGUUAAAAAAUUAAAAAAAAAUUGUUUGCUCUAAUCUGGCAUUUAUAUUCAGUGCUUUUAAUAUCUUUGGAAAUAAGUCUAUUUUUUAUCAUAACUUAUACAGACUCAUAUAGACUCUGUAAACCAAACUGGGAGAUAUUGAUCCAUGUGAACGACGAAAGACGGUUGCUUCCUGACACUGUGUGCUAGGCUAUCCGCCGUUGAAUUUUGUGUACUUGGUACAUGUAUUAUCUCUGAAUGGAGGAAAUUUUAUUUCAGGACUUUAAUAUCUUCAAAUAACUUGCAAAAGCUGGCCAUUCUUCUCAUUAUGAAACCAUAUUCACCAAUUGAGAACAAUCCGUUGCAAACGUAACUUGAAAUUGACGUAAGUUUCUCAUGCAUUCCAUUACCCAGAGUAGUGCUUCCAUCUCCGCAUGAAGAGGAGAGAGACUAACCCGAACAUUUCUCGCCCCCAUCAACCCAUCAAAUCCUUCUAAAGUAUUGAACCAACACUGUCCAGAAAAAAUAACAUUCUCUUUCGAGGAACCAUUAGUGAAACACCAUCUUCCUGGAAUUGAAGGUAAAUACGUAACCUCUACGUGUGAUAUUGUUCUCUGUUCAUUUACUAUAUGUGCCUCAGCCCAGAGUGUUGAUUCUGUUUCUGCCAAUUUGAGUGUAUCCCUUUGAUCAAUGUCCAAAUUACAAAAAACUUUAUUAUUCUUUCUUUUCCAAAUGUACCAUAGUAUCCAUGCAAACUGAUGAUCAUCUAACUGCGGGAAAACCUUCCAGAAAAGAUGAUCCAUAUUUGUAAAGAGAGACCUUGUUGGAAAAAUAGCUGGAUUUGAUGGUAUUUUUGAGAGAGUCCAAACCUGAAGAGCUGAAAGACAUUAAAAAAACAUGAUUUAUCGAUUCUUCAUCAGCUCUGCAUCUUGCACAACAUAUAUCUCCAGUUAUCCCUCACGCUUGCAGACUCUUUUUGACUGCUACACACUUUGUCACCAAUUGCCAUUGAAAAUGUUUUAUCUUUCGUGGACACCGUAUUUUCUAGUAGAAUACCUUCAAUACAUCCACUGUGGGUCCAAACAAUAAUGGUGAUCUUUCCCUGUCUUUGGAAAUAAGCCUACAAUAGAAACAAAAAAAUAAAACCACAGCUCAAAAAACCAAUGCUUAAUUUCUUAAACAAAAAACUAAAGUCACAACUGCAACCAAUCAAAGCCAUAUGUGUUUUACUAAAAGUGACAACUGAAUCAAUUAAUUGUUAGUGGAUUUGUUAGCAGAAAACUUAAGAAGAUAAUGAUGUUCUUCCCCCCAUAUUAUAUACUAAAUUGAUGGUAAUAAGCUUAGCUUACUUGUAUUAGGCAGCACUUGUCUUCGAUUUCUUGGUGGAAUAGGACAAAUAUUUAAUUAGCUUCUCUUACUUUUUGUUGGGAGAAUUCGUCUGAACUAUUUUAUAGCUUAUUUAGCCUCAUUUUUGAGGUCAUUUCUUAUAUCCGACCCUUACAGAUAUUAUUAUGUUGUAGUCGUCCCUUGAAUCGUUUGUUUGUUUCUUUAGUGAAUCGGUCACUGUUUUGUUAUCAUCCAUUUUUUAAUACUGCUCCACCUGCUCCGUAGGAACUCGCUCUCUUGUUUUACUAGUAUUUCUUAAGAUCCUUGAAUUAACAAGAAUAUAUUUUCCUGAAAUCAAUCAUUUUGUGCACAUUUGGUCUUAUUUGGUGAAUCGUUUCCACUUGCUAUGAAUUGACGAUGCGGGUUGUUUCACGUUGUUCUCCUCACACCUUUUGUUUAAGAAUUGCACCACACAACUGAUUUAUAGUAGCGACUAAGUGAGUGUGACAUUCCAUGCUCUGUCCUUGUUCUACCAAAUUGUAUACUUGCUGUCUUCGCCAACAUCACCCUCUCUUUUUUUUGGUAAACAACGUGAUAUCAGGUCAGAGGAGAAUGGUAAACUGACAAUUAUCACAUCAUAAGACUUUGUGAUAUCAGGUCAGAGGAGAAUGGUAAACUGACAAUAAUUAGAUAAAAUUGUGUGGACAGAAAAUUUGUUUGUUUAUGUUGAGUUGCAAAGGUACGUAGGAAAGAGAUUGUAUCCACCUUAUGUAAUGGCUAAUCAAAAAUAAGAUACUUCUUUACUAUAGAUAUUUGGAUGGUGGUUCUUGGAUCUAUUUAAAUCAUGGUGUAGCAGUUGGUAUUACUUUGUCAUCCCUGGCUACUAUUUAAGUUACUAUGAUACCCAAACUCAUUAUCCCCCACUCUCAACAUUCAUAUAGUCUUUACUCUCUAAAAGAACUUCUGAAAUGGCAGCAAAUGAUGUCCCUUGCUGUGAACCUAUGUUCUGGUUUUACCUUACUGCAUGUUUUGGUCUAGUUGCUUUCGCAGGUUUAAUGUCAGGACUGACCCUUGGUCUUAUGUCCCUUAGUCUCGUCGAACUUGAGGUCAUAGCUAAGGCUGGUGAACCCAACGACCGCAGAAACGCUGAAAAGAUCCUGCCACUCGUUAAGAACCAACAUCUUCUGCUGUGUACACUCCUCAUAGGCAAUGCUUUGGCGAUGGAGGCUCUACCAGUCUUUGUCGAUUCCCUGCUUCCAGCUUGGGGCUCUGUUCUGAUAUCUGUGACUCUCAUACUUGCAUUUGGCGAGAUUAUACCUCAAGCUGUAUGCUCUCGAUACGGGCUAAGCAUCGGAGCAAAGCUAUCGAUUUUGGUUAGAUUUAUUGUCAUAGUCUUCUUUCCGCUAGCUUAUCCAAUCAGCAAGCUACUCGAUUUAUUGCUUGGAAGAAGACAUUCUACACUUUUCAGACGAGCAGAGCUCAAGUCAUUUGUGUUUACGCAUGGAAACGAGGCAGGAAAAGGAGGGGAACUAACUCACGAUGAAACAACAAUCAUAUCAGGAGCUCUCGACAUGUCUCACAAGAGUGCCAAAGACGCAAUGACAUCAGUCUCCAAGAUAUUCUCACUUGAUAUCAACUCCAGGCUCGACGAAAAGACAAUGGGACUAAUAGCAAGUGAAGGCCAUAGCCGAAUCCCGGUAUACUCGGUGGAUCCUACUGUUAUCAUCGGAUAUAUUCUUGUCAAGAACUUGAUCAAAGUCCGUCCUGAAGAUGAGACACCGAUCAGAGAUCUCCCCAUCAGAAGAAUGCCUAGGGUCAAUUUGAAUCUACCUCUCUACGACAUCCUCAACAUCUUCCAAACAGGUCGAAGCCACAUGGCUGCUGUCGUUGGGACUAAGAACUGUACCAAUACCAACACUCCUGUCCAUGACAAGAGCAUCAAUGGAACGGAUAAUAAAGAUGGAAAUGUUGUUUUGAGCAUUCCUGUGAUGAACUCAAGUGAGGUUAAUCAUCAGAGUCCAAUCCGAUACAUUGAUAGCAUUGCUGAUGAAGAUGAAGAAGUCAUUGGCAUAAUAACUCUAGAAGAUGUCAUGGAGGAACUCAUACAGGAAGAAAUAUUUGAUGAAACAGACCGGUAUGUCGAAGUUCAUAAGAGGAUAACAAUAAACAUGCCAAUAUCUGGGAACUCGAAUCCACAAUCGCCGGGAACUGCCACGUGGCUUUCGGAGCUAACAUCUCCUAUCUCGCCGUAUCGCUCAAGUCCACUGUCGCCUAACAUCAGGAUCUCUACGCUGCUCCGGUCACCGAUAAACUCACCUUACCGUCAGUCUCCGUUUCUCAGGCCUACACUCUGUGCUUCUCCACCGUCACAGCCUCCUUCGGUGCUCUCUCCGGACAGCAAUGAUCGUUAUUACUAUUUGUCUCCUAGUAGGGUGGGGAAAACGUACGUGAAGCUACCAAGAUCAAAUGGUUCGUAAAACGAAACGGUAGAUCUGAUUAAAAAUGUAUUUAAGUGAAGCAAAAUAUAUUAAUAACAAGAGUCAAAAGACUUUCUUGUCGAUCAUUUUUCAAGAUUUAGGUUAAUCUUUUAUAUGCAUGUGAAUUGAAGUGAAGAAAAGAUGAACUGUCUUUAUUUUUGAGUA